AAUGUUGAUUACUUAUUUAUUGUUUCGUUUACAAAAAUAAGCUCUGGCAAAGGGACUCGGAUGUCGGGGGGCAAGGGGUUACGAGGGUUGUUGGGUGUCAAAGGUCGGAGCGCCUCCUCUCACGGAAGGGCGAAAUGUUCUGCAUUGUUUGUGAAUUUAAUGAAAGGUUAUGAAGUCAGCAGUGUUACCUACAACACACGUGUGUGUGUGUAUGUGUCCCAAGCCUCCGCUGUGCACUUGGUGACAGAGCGAUACACGGUACAGUGCUGGAUACUGUACCUCCCCCCUAUGAGCACACAGCACGUGUUGGUCGUGGCAGCAUUGGCUGGUGGCGUUCGAGGUUAUGCUUGAGAUUUAACCUAUUAUUUUCGACCAAGGACGUGCCGUCACAACAAGGAUCACUCCAACCACAACGCAGUGCGUGGGAUGAAAUGUAGUCACUGUGCGUAGUGGUGCACUGAUGGUACUACAUGAAUAGCAAGAAAGCACUUUUAUGCUGAAAUUGCUGGCCUUAAACUUAAAAUGUACUUCUGGCAAUUGAGAUGGGCUCAGACAGUCCUCAGAAGCAUGGGACGCAUGCCUUGUGGACCUACAAGCAGCCAGCAACCAAAGAGUGGUACUGUCUUGAACCUGGUGAAGAGAUGUGGCUGCUCAAAUGCCACGGAACAUGUCCACAAUUCAACAACACCCUCUGGCCCUGUGGCUGCUGAAUUCUGUGGCCGAGAUUUAUUUUCAAGAACAAUAUUUUCCAAAAGAGAAUUUGGAUUAAGCCCAACCAUAUUUGUCAACUCGAUGAACAAAACACAUUCACUUUCUGUGCAUAGCAGCUGUUGGCCAGAAGUCUCUGUUUCAGCAAGGAAAGGCUGCAGCUUAUUAAAAUCAACAUCAUUGGGCCUGUGUGAAAAGUUCAGGAAUAGAAUACAAAAGUGUGUGGGUUCACAGAAUUCUGCUGUGGGCUACCACAUGUCAGCUAAGGCAUUAAACAGCGAUGAUGCCAAUGUGUUGGAUAAUAAACAUUCAGAAGUUAGAAAAAAGCCACCGUGGCGUGUUCUUUUUUUUGGCUCUGACAAUUUUGCAUUGGAAUCUUUGCAAGCUUUGAAGAGUGCAUGUAACAGUGGAUUGUUGGAGACAUUGGAAGUUGUGGCCCUUCCAAAACAAACAAUACCGGUACGGAGCCUUGCUUCAGAGCUGGGACUGGUGGUGCAUGACUGGCCAUAUGUACCACCAUCUCCAUCAAUGUCUUUGCCUGGUGGACCAACCAGUGUAGGGUUCCAUGUUGGUGUUGUUGUAUCUUUUGGCUGUCUUCUCAGUCAGGAUCUCAUCUCCUCUUUCCCAUACGGAAUACUGAAUGUUCACCCAAGUCUGCUGCCUCGCUGGAGGGGCUCUUCACCACUUAUUCACACGGUGCUGCGUGGAGACACUGUCACUGGCGUCACGGUCAUGAAGAUCCGCCCACAGAGGUUUGAUGUAGGAAAUAUUUUGCUACAGGAAAAGCAUUCUGUCCCACACAGAUGCACGGCUGUGGAGUUGCGGCAAAUGCUGUCACGUGUCGGAGCAGAGCUGCUCAUCAAGACACUGUCUGAUCUCCCAGGAUACAUUGAGAAGAGCACAGAGCAACCUAAAGAGGGAUUAACAUUGGCUCCGAAGGUGAAUACGUCCAUGUGUUGGGUGAGAUGGGACCAACAAACGACAGAUUACAUUGACAGGCUGUACCGUGCUAUUGGGACACAGCUUCCUCUCAGGACACAGUGGAUGAGCAGAACAAUAAAACUGAUGAACAUGGUAGACAUUGAAGAUAUGUCAACAAGUCUAGCAGCCCAAAAGAGGCCAAAUGCACAUCCUGGAGAUCUAUACUUUUGCAAGCACUCCAACAUACUGUGUGUGAGGUGUCAGGAUGGCUGGGUUGGCUUCCGGACACUUGUGCUGAAGAAGAAACUCUCUGCAAGUGACUUCUACAAUGGCUACUUGCACUCUUUUUUCCAAGAAGGGCAUCACACAGAAAGCACUGUUGGUCAGAGCACACAGCCGGGUGAGGAGCCUGAAGGAGCUGCAAACUGUCCUGGUAGCUUUCAUACGCCUCCAUCUGUCAAAGGUUGUAAUGGCCGCAUUGAGAAAAAAUCUCAUUUUCAAGAUUCAUAAUUCAUUAUGCUGCUUUGGAAUAAAAAAUAUAUUUGGGUUGUUUAUCUGAGCGUAUAUUUUUGUAAAUAUGUAAAAUGAUCAUGCAAAAUAUUGAUGAAAAAUAAAGUAUGUUAAA